AUGGCUUCUGUCCGUCAACUUCUCGUUGAUAUGUCCCUUCUACGUCUACAAGAUAAACACAUCAUCAAUUUUAUUUGGGAAGGCAAUGAACAAGUCAUUUGCCCUCGAAGACAUGCAAUUUGGUUAGCAAAGCAUGUCCACGAAAUUGAUCAAAGAAGAAAGAAUAUUUUACAUGGAGCAGGUUUUAUCCAUAUUUUGCAAGCUUCAAGUCUGGAGAUAAAUCACAACCUUGUUACUGCUUUGGUGGUCACUGGCAUCAGUAGUGGUCCCCUAACAGUAUUUUGUCAUCAACUACUUGGAGAUGUUCCACCUGAGAAUUGUGUAAGGGGAAACAGAAUCAAGUUGUCAUGGUUGAAUAACACUUUCCGCCAAUUGCCUCAUCAUGCAACGGAACAGGUUAUUGAACAAUACGCUAGAGCGUAUAUGUUGAUAAUAAUUGGCAGUGUGAUGAUGCCAGAUACAUCUGCAAGCAUGGUGCAUUUGAUGUAUCUUCCCCUAUUGGCCGACCUGCAAAACAUUUCACAGUAUAGCUGGGGAUCAGCCACGCUCUCCUGCUUGUAUCGUGCCCUUGAUCACGGGACUAGGGCUGACCAAGACAAUAUCGGAGGGUGCAUGAUCUUGUUACAGUGCUGGGCAUGGGAAAGAAUAACAUGUCUUUCACCAGAAUUACUUGAAGUCACAGAACACGAGAUUUCUUCUGUUGUAGUUUUUCCACUUGCGAAAAGAUGGUGUCGCACAGCACAGUCAAUAUUCCAGGACACUACAACUAUCAAACAAUUUCGCCAGAAAAUAGACGACGUAUCACCUCGAUAG